UCUCUGGGUGUGUGUGUGUGUAGGGGGGUGAUGAAGGGAGGAGCCAUGUGUGAACUAGGGAGGCCUCACCCUCCAACCAACUGGCUGGGAUAUUUAUCAAUGCUGAUCCAAGACCAGGAGUGGAACGCUGCCCAGCAGACCCUGAGGCUUUACAUCACUGCCACUGUCCCCUAUGGGCCUGAUGCCAGAUGGCCCGGCCCCCAUGGAGGCUCCGUAUGCAGAGGAGGGCCCAGGACCCAGGAUCUUCAGAGCAGAGCCAGGAGACCUGCUACGGAGGCUGGAGGCCCAGCAGCAACCCAGCUCCUGGGCAGGGCGCUGGUGUACAGGGCGGCGUGGCUGUGCGGUGCUGGGAGCCCUGGGGCUGCUGGCUGGCGCGAGCUUGGGCUCGUGGCUUCUAGUGCUCCACCUGUGGCCAGCCGCCUCUCAGCCCGUUCCCGGGAACUUGCAGGAUGAGGAGAUGACCUUGAACUGCUCAGAGGCCAGUGGUGAGGAAGCCCUGCAACCCUCGCUUCCCAGAGCAGUAUCUUUCAGAAUAAACACCGAGGACUUCUUUCUGGAAGUGCAGGUGAGGGCCCGGCCAGGCUGGCUCCUGGUCUGCCACGAGGGCUGGAGCUCUGCCCUGGGGGUGCGGAUCUGCCAGAGCCUCGGGCAUCUCAGACUCACUCACGACAAGGCAGUGAACCUGUCUGACAUCAGGCUGAACAGCUCCAGGGAGUUUGCCCGGCUCUCUCCUAGACUGGAAGGCCUCCUGGAGGAGGUGUGGCAGCCCAGUUUCAGGCUGUCCCGCCUGUCCAGCUGGCGGGUCCACGUGGGGCUGGUCAGCCACAGCACGGUCAGGCCACACCAGGGGGCUCUGGUGGAGCGGAUCAUCGCCCACCCUCUCUACAGCGCCCAGACCCACGACUACGACAUGGCCCUCCUGCAGCUCCGGACCCCACUCCACUUCUCAGACACCGUGGGUGCCGUGUGCCUGCCGGCUGAAGACCAAGAUUUUCCGAGGGGCUCUCAGUGUUGGGUGUCUGGCUGGGGCCACACUGACACCAGCCACACCCACAGCUCGGACAUGCUCCAGGACACGACGGUGCCCCUGCUCAGCACCCAGCUCUGCAACAGCUCUUGCGUAUACAGCGGGGCCCUCACACCCCGCAUGCUGUGUGCGGGCUACCUGGACGGGAGGGCGGAUGCAUGCCAGGGGGAUAGCGGGGGCCCCCUGGUGUGCCUGGACGGGGGCACAUGGCGCCUGGUGGGGGUGGUCAGCUGGGGCCAUGGCUGCGCGGAGCCCAACCACCCCGGCGUCUACGCCAAAGUUGCCGAGUUCCUGGACUGGAUCCACGACACCACGCAGCCCAGGACCGCUUCCUCUAGUCCUGUUGUCUCCUCCAUCUCACCGCAUACCAGCCUCAUGUUUCCUGGGGUCUCUGGCAGGUCGACUAGAUGGAGAAGGAGCAGCAGCCCUGGAUGCAGAAGCCAUGGAUCUCUUAUCACUGCACAGGAGACAGUCACCACCCAAGGGCCAGCCUCUGGACCACAGGGCCUCUCCCCUCGGGCCCUGAUUUCCAGUCCCUCUGUCUCAUCAGAGAGCCUCAGUGACAGGAGAGAUGCUGGGGCAGGGUUGGGAAGGUGGGGGAUCUGAGGGGUCGGGGGAGGAGCUGGAGGGGAAGAGGUUGCUGGCAGCAGCUGGGAGCCUGCCCUUCUGCCCCUCCCCUCCCCAGCUCUUGUACACGUCUUUUGGGAGGAUGCUCAGGGAUGCCCUGGGUCUGGCUUCUCCCUGUGCUCUCAGGCGGGGCAAGUGUCUCCCUAGAAGCCCAGGCUGGGACGCUCCUGGGCAGAUGGGGUCAACCAGGUUAAGCCCAUGGAGUCAGGAUCCUCCCAACUCUCCUGUCGAUCUCACCUACUUCCUGCCCUCACCUGGCUCUGGCUGGCCUUGCUGGGGCAGGGGGCACUGUAAGAACACUCUGGUUGGUGUCGGAAUUGGAUGUAGGUUUUAAAAUGACAGUUCUGUGAACUGGUCCAAGGACUUCCGGUAUUAAAGUGAAGUGAUGUAUG